AUGCUGAGGGUGAGGGCGACGGUGACGGUGGCGGCCUGCGCUGCGCGCCGCGCGCAGGCGCUGCGCCUGCUCCAGGGCGAGCGCCGCGUGGACGCGAACGAGGCCAACCGCAAGCGCGUGAUCUACCGCAGCAAGCAGCGCGGCUGGCUGGAGGUGGACCUGCUGCUGGGCCGCUGGGCCAGCCAGAACGUCAUGGCGCUCUCAAGCGACGAGCUGCGCCAGUACGAGGACAUUCUGAACGAGGAGACGAUCGACAUCUUCAACUACAUCUCGGGCAAGAGCCCCGUGCCCGCGCGCCUGGACACGCCCAUGAUGAAGCGGCUGCAGGACUACUGCCUCGCGUCCCCGCUGGGCAAGGCCUCGCUCGAGGGGUUCGCCGAGAACAAGAAGUUCAUGAGCAACUAA